AUGACGACCCGCCACCCGGAGUCCACUGAGGACUUCGAGUUCAUUCAGACCCCGGAAGCUCCGGUGCAGAACAAGCCUGCGUUCGACUGCGGUGUCCCCACCACUCUGUACCCUGCUAUCAAGAAUGCUCCGGUUCCUGCGGACUCCCCUGGUAGUGACAGCUUCUCCAAUGGAUUGAUGAUCUUCCUGGUGGUCGUGAUCCCCUGGUACCUGGCUCGUCAGGUCGGAGGCGGUCUCUACACCACCAUUUUCUUCGCUCUCUUCACAACCAUCCCCAUUCUCAUGGCCUUCUGGACCGUGGCUUCUUCGAUCUCUCCCCGCAAGACUGAGAAGGCCAAGUACUGUGGCCGUCCCGUCGAGUACUAUCUGAACUUCCACAGCGAGCAUGACCGUGCCACCUACCAUGGCAAGAGCAAGAUUCCCAUGGAGACCUUCUACGAGAAGUACUUCAAUGGCGAGGUGGACUUCAAGAUGGAUGCUCUGGAGGCUCUAGAGUACCGUCAUGACUGGGCCAACUUCAAGUUCACUAUGGGUCUCUUCAAGCACUUCCUGUUUGGCUUCAUUCCCGAGAUGCUGAUGCAUACUCGUUCUCAGGACGAGGAGCAGGUCCGUGACCACUACGACAGAGGUGAUGACUUCUACGCUUGGUUCCUCGGCCCUCGUAUGAUCUACACCUCUGGUAUCAUCAGCGACAUCAACAAGGAAGAGACUCUUGAAGAGCUCCAGGAUAACAAGCUGGCUGUCGUCUGUGAGAAGAUUGGAAUUCAACCCGGUGACAAGAUGCUCGACCUUGGCUGCGGCUGGGGUACCCUUGCCAAAUUUGCCUCCGUUCACUACGGUGCUCACGUCACUGGUAUCACUCUCGGUCGUAACCAGACUGCCUGGGGUAACAAUGGUCUCCGCAAGGCUGGCAUUGAGGAAUCCCAGAGCCGCAUUGUCUGCUCCGACUACCGUGACUCCCCGCGCGUUGAGGGUGGCUACCAGAAGAUUACCUGUCUCGAGAUGGCCGAGCACGUUGGUGUCCGUCACUUCUCAAGCUUCCUGUCCCAAGUCUACGAUAUGCUCGAGGAUGACGGUGUCUUCUUCCUGCAGAUCGCCGGAUUCGUGGUGGACCGCCUUGAGGGUGCCGGUUUCGAAAUCAAGGCCGUCGAUACCAUUGGUGUCCACUACUCCGCUACCUUGUGGCGCUGGUACCGCAACUGGAUGGGCAACAAGGACAAGGUCGAGGCCAAGUACGGCAAGAGAUGGUUCCGCAUCUGGGAGUACUUCCUGGCUUCCUCUACAAUCACCUCUCGCCAGGGUGGUGCCACCUGCUGGCAGCUCACCCUCGCCGCUAUUGAGCGCGCCAAUGGCGUUCUGCCCAAGGCCCACAUUGUUAAGAAGGACCUGUAG